UUAACGGUGUCUUAUAGUACAUUAUAAUGCGGAGUACGGUUAAUUGGUAAUACGUAUAGUAAUAUAUUAAUAACAUAGGUUAUUGCGACGUUUAUGUCAUUAUUAAUUUGGCGAUAGUAGCAACUUAUGAAAGAAAUCACAAGAUUGGUAUAUAUAUAUAAUAUGUGUAAGUACGGUUCAUAUUGUGUACGAGUUAUUUGACGAAGAAACCAAAUGAACACGGAUACAAAUUAUAACUGUUUUAUUCAUAAACUAUAAAAGUAUAAACUCGUUAUGUUGUUUUAUCUGUUCAUCCAUAAAGUAUUAACGACAAUGUAAUGUUAUAUAAUCACACAGGGCACAGUGGGCACACACCAAAAAAAAGUAUUAUAUCGACUGUUUCCACUUGUCUGCAGCAGUGUUUACCCGGACACCUGGCUGCUGUAACCGCACCUCACGACCAGUAAACGUACAACAAACGUACAACAAAACGUACAGAAAACGAUUGAUGCACGACGAUCAGUACAUCACCGGACCGAGGAUAUAAACCGCCAUCAUGGUGCACACAGGAUCUUGUGGCGACCGGCUACACUAUUUAUUGGUCAGCUAUUUGCCGAUACUGACAUGGAUGCCAAGGUACAAGAAGUCGGACAUGUUGUAUGACGCCGUGUCGGGUGUCACUGUCGCGCUCACGCUGAUGCCUCAAUCUAUAGCUUACGCGUCGCUGGCGGGAUUGGACCCACUCAUUGGAUUGUAUGCUGCAUGCUUCGGUAGCUUGAUGUACAUAAUAUUUGGAUCUGUACGUCAAAUUACUAUCGGGCCUACGUCUGUUGUUGCGUUGCUCACUUUCAACUACGUCAAUCCAGAGCUACCAGCUACGGCGGUUAUUCUCUGCUUUGUGUCAGGCAUUGUCGAGCUCGUCUGUGGACUUUUCCGCUUAGGAUUUGUCGUGGAAUUCGUAUCGAUGCCAGUGACGGGUGGAUUUGUAUCGGCUGCAGCUAUUCUUAUGGCUUCCUCACAAUUAAAAGGAUUGUUCGGAAUAUCUUAUAAGGCCAAAAACUGUUUGGAGAUGUGGAUAAAGUUUGUUGAAAACAUUGAAAAUUUUCGAAUAGCAGACACCUCUAUGGGACUGAUAUGUAUCUUCGUGCUGGUAGGAUUGCAGAGCUUAAAAUACAUAAAAGUCAACGCUAAAGGAAUGAAAGCAAAAUCUUUUUCGGUGAUUUUGUUUUUAUUGACAACUGGAAGCAAUGUUCUCGUAGUCAUCGUAUCGUCGACAAUCGCAUAUUUUUCAAUCCGACAAGGCCAGUCACCAUUAGUAUUGACAGGUACCAUAGCUAGUGGCAUACCACAAUUUCGGUUACUGUUUUUGGACUACGAAAACGAAGACGAGAAGUUUACCUUUUUCGAAGGUUUGUCCAGGUUAUGGCCUGGUGCGAUCGUCGUGCCGUUGGUGUCGAUUUUGAGUACAGUUUCAGUCGCUAAAGCAUUUAGCGGUGGAAGAGUAGUUGAUGCGUCACAAGAGAUGAUAGCGUUGGGAUUCUGUAAUAUUUUUGCCUCGUUUAUGGGAUCUAUGCCCGUAGCGGGAAGUAUGUCCAGGUCUGCUCUUAAUCAUACCACCGGUGUUCGUACAACGUUCAGCUCAAUAUUUACAACUAUAUUAGUCAUGUUGUCGUUGUGGUUUUUGACACCACUUCUGUAUUACAUACCCAAGUCAAGUUUGUCUGCUGUCCUCAUAUGUGCGGUGACUUCAAUGUUUCGAUAUGACAUGGCAAUUUCGUUAUGGAAAACCAAUAGACGUGAUUUAAUACCGUUCACCACCACGUUCGUCUCGUGUUUGAUAUUCGAUGUUGAGCUUGGACUUCUGUUCGGCAUCUGUGUCGACUUGUUGUGCGUGCUCUAUCGCAGCGCUAGACCAUCGAUUUCCAUCGAAAAAGAAACUAACUCGGGUUACGUGAAAUGGGUGGUUAGGCCUAGCAGCGGGCUACUGUUUCCGGCUGUGGACUUUAUGCGACAGCGGAUCAUUGCUGAGAUGUCGUCAACGGAACGCUCGAACAAACCGAAACUCAUAAUCGUGGACUGCGUACAUUUCGACAAGACCGACUUCACUGCUGCCCAAGGAAUCAAAUCGUUGAUAAAUGAACUGAAAUCCGAGUCAUGUCAAUUAGAACUGAUGAACGCCAAGGAAUGUGUAGCGGCUAUACUGGAAGCUACGCUGAACGUUAAAAUCUUGUCGAUGGUUCAGCUUCAAGAUUCUAUCAAGAAAUUUAAUUUUAUUCAACCUGAUCUCAAUGGAACUGAAUCAAUGACAUCACACGAGAUGAAAAUGAAAACUAUUUGUGAAUGUAAAGCGUGA